CCCAAGCAAUUAUUUUACCCUCGACACAAACGUAAGACUGGUUACGAAACUCCGACAAUAAUUUAGUGAUAAGGUCAAAGCAAGAAAACAAGAUGUCAAUAAGAUGUUGCUCAGUGAAAGGUUGCGCCGGCACAAACAAAAAGUGACGCAAGCCAACGUAAUAGUGAAAGUGGCUAAAGGCUCAGUAUACGAUGCGCGGUGGCUGAACGCGAACGCACAUGCGUACGCGGUUUAAAAAUACAAAUUAAAAAAAUUGAGAAAACGCGCGCUGUUAAUGUCAAAAUCAGCUGUCAAAAUUUUUAAUAAAGCAAAACCAAAGUAGUGCGUUCAAAAACGAGUGAGUCAGUUUCAAAAAGUUCGCCAGUGAGUUGGUUUUUCGUGGAAGGCUGUAUUAUAUUUGUAUCGUCGGAAGGCCGCCCCGGCGUUCGGCCAAUGAGGUCCUGGGUGCCGCCCCCGCGCGGUCUGCGCUCCUGUCUGGCUCUACUCCUGAUACUCAAUGCGGGAGUGGUGUCAACCCGUCGCCAGGAACCAUACUACGGCCGGCUGAUAGGCCGCCUGACCCAAUACGCUCAUGGUAUCAGGGGGACGGUAUAUGCCGUCGACGAGAAUACGGUUUUCGUGAGGAACUUCGCAUACGACGGCACAGGCCCUGAUGCCUACUUCUGGGUCGGUGACACCCCCCAGCCGUCCCCUGAGGGGAUCCUCGUGCCGUACCCAGAGGAUUAUACCACUAGAGACCCACCAAUACUAACGGCGCACAGCAACUCUGACAUCCUGCUGCGACUGCCGGCAGGCAAACGGCUGCGAGACAUCAAGUGGAUCAGCGUUUGGUGCCGACGAUUCACGGUAAACUUUGGCGACGUGUUUAUCCCACCAGGCCUAGAUCCGCCCAGACCAAGAGUCCUCCCGGAAUUCAAACGCUUGGCUCACAGUCUUCGGUCUGGCAACAUCAGCGUGUUAGAUGCUAAGACAUUCUACAUCCCAAACCUGCAUUAUGAUGGAGCUGGUCCUGAUGCAUAUUUCUGGGUCGGAAACGGGAGCGAGCCCAAUCCUUUUGGGACCAAGGUGCCCAACGAAAUGGGUUCAAUGAACCCUCUCCGAGGAUAUCAGGGGGAGGACAUAGAGAUCCAGCUGCCCGGAAAGCUGACCGCCUACGACAUCGACUGGCUCGCAGUGUGGUGCGUGGAGUACAGGCAUAACUUCGGUCACGUCUUCAUACCCAAGGACCUGGACGUUCCACCGGCGUUGGGGCAGACGAAAAUCACUACGAGCUCAACCACUUCCCAAACACCGUUUAAUGCUGCUAACAAUUGUAAGGAGAUACUUGAUAAAAGAUUGCAAGUCAAGUGGGAAAUACAGGGUGACCAGGUCCAGAUAACUCUAUCAGCUCGUCUUCGCAAAGAGCAAUACAUGGCAUUUGGAAUAUCCGGCGCUGAAGGGCGGCCCGCCAUGCUGGGUGCUGAUGUCGUUGUCGCUUUCUGGGAUACCAGGGCUGAUCAACCGCGAGUGGCAGACUACACGAUAUCCCACCUGGCGCAGUGUGACGGGGAGAGAGGAGUGUGUCCGGACGCCAGGCUUGGAGGGAGCAACGAUGCUGUUUUAGUAUCCGGCCAGCAAAAGAAUGGCGUAACAACCAUCACGUACAGACGCCCUCUAGCAGCGAAGGAACCCUCGAAAGACAAGGAGAUCCUCACAUCAAGGUCCCAGUCAGUCAUCGCGGCCUUCGGUCCGCUGAACUCCCGAUACGAAGCCAACGCUCACUCCUUCAUGGAUACUACCAGGAAUGAUGUGCAGCUGGACUUUGGAGCUAAUAAUGACAACACAUGCCUCGGGUUAGCAGAGCUGGACACCAGCGGGCCUGCACCGUGGCCGGCGCGCGUCAUCGCCGGCGUUACCAACCUCACGGCGCGCAUCGGCCCCGCCGGCGGCGUGCGCGGAUACACGCCCAUCACUGGUCAUCCAUCAUGGGGCAUCGCGUGGUAUAUCAACGAUAUGCUCAUCCCAGAGAUAUACGUGGAGCGAGGCAAGACAUACACCUUCGUCGUUGAAGGAGGAGACGAUAGGACCAACCCUGCUAAAUUCCACCCGUUUUACAUCAGCGACUCCCCAGAAGGCGGGUUCGGCCAGAAGAAAGAGGAAGACCAGAGGAAGCAACGGGUGUUCGCCGGAGUCGCUUACGACAACGAGCAGUACCCGUAUCCCACAGCCGUGGGCCGUUACUGCGAGUGGACCCACAAGACCAUAGACCAGGCGUCUACAUCGGAGACCUUCGAGGAUUACAUGAAGACGCUCCAGCUGGAGUGCAAUGAAGGUGAACCCGCCAUUUUGAAUUGGACUGUCGCGCACGAGACGCCUGACUUGGUGUACUAUCAGUGCUACACACACAAUAAUCUCGGCUGGAAGAUCCACGUGGUGGACCCUGGGACUCCCAUUCCGUUUCCGAUCGAUCAACGAGCAGGUUUGAGCUCCGCAACUAUUUUCCCGCCACUUACAACAUUCGCCAUCUUGACACUUUUGACAGCUCUCCGCAAUGUAGUCGAGAGAUAAGAAUGCGUUCAGUUUACGCGAGCUCUGCUUCAAGAAAAAUUUCAAUCGCUCAAAUUGUAACAAUAAAAAAUAUAUAUAAUUUACGACAAUAAUUAAAAGAUUUGUAUUUAUAACGAUUAAACUUUUUUAGAAGUCUGUGUCAAAUCCAUAAAUUACCAUCGGAAAAAGGGAUACCACAACUUUUUUUUCUACCAAAUGGUAGAUUUUGUAAUUCUUUGAUAAAUUUUACUGAAUAUUUUUGGAUGAUUUUGUUAAAUUAUUUUCUUAUUUUUAUAAUAAGAGCGAAGAUUGUGAUAAUGUUUGUUGGAAAAAUGAGAUGGCAGAGCUCGGUUUGUAUUGUACAGGUUUAUCAAAUUGGAUAAAAACAUAAGUCAAUCUACAUGAUAUCAAUUUCAUAUCAGUCAUUUUAAAAUGCGUUUGAGCAUCUAUCUUUACAUUCUAUACAAUCAGUGAAAUGAAAUACUUACUUCUGUGGGUGAUUCUACUGAACUAAAUGAAUGAGUAAGCGCACGGAUUUAAAUGGACUUGAUUUUUGGUAAGUUGAGAAUGUUUUUUUUUUAUAAAAACAUAGGUACUGACGUACCGUACCUUUGGCUUCAUGAGUAAUAAUAAAACAUUUCAACAAAGUCCGUAUUCUAUAUUGUAAAUUGAGGCCAUAGGUUAUUUCUAACAUUUUGAAUAUUAAAAAUAUAUAUUAUUAUUAUGUAUACUUAUAUAUGGAAUUGACUGAGAAGCCACUGGCUCACUCAGGGUUUGAAGUUUUUAUAGUAUCUACGUAUAAAAAACUUCGUUCCACAAAAAUGUAUGGAAACAUUGACAAUAAAAAGCGUAAUUAAUUAAAAUUAGUUAAUUUUAUAGAUUUACAUUCGUGAGUCGAGACGUCCUAGCAGUAUGCUUGACAAUAAAAUUGUUAUAGAAUUAUAAAGUUUUCCUAUUAUUGUAAUACGUAUUAGACGUUUAGCAUUUUCAUAUUUGUUUCUGAAAAAUGAAAUAAAAAAUAUUAGAAUACGAAACCAUAAGCUCAGACAUAAAUACAAUUUUCUUAUAUACUUAGAUUUUUAAGUAAAUUUGUAAUAAUUUACAGUUAAAAAUAUUUUGCAAGUUAAGAAUGAAGUUUGGAACUAAUGACAAUAAAAUACAUUGGUCUGUAAGGUAUUGGAUAAGAUAAGAGAAGAUGUGAAUUACGAAUGACAAUAAGGCAAUACAUUAAGCAAGUAUUUUGUACCUUUUUUUUAAUAUUUAAUAACCGUUGGCUUUUGCCAUAGUGUCGUAAUAGCAAAUAAUAAUUAAUAGAGCAAAUAAUUAUUAAAUUAUUCAUUAUACAUUAAUUUACAAAAAUGUACCCUUCCCAAAUAAAUAAUGUAUAAAGUGCUUUUGGAGAACUGGCUAUGCUUCAUGGGAGAAAUAUAUUAAGAAAUGUUUUUGAGACGCACACAAUUUUGUCAGGAUCUGCCAGCUAGGUUUCUGAUUGAUAUAAUUUACUUUUAGUAUCUAUUGUAUCUAUCAAGCUUCCCUUAUUGAAACCGCUUCGGCUUUAAGUGAAAAUUUAGAUCGUAGGGUAUUUCCAGAUUACCAUUCUUCCAAUAUAUUUAUGUUAUGCUUUAAGUUAGUUUUCUGUUAAUGUUCACUACUAUUAGAAGUGUACUAAUAUUAUCGAAUGUUAAAAUUGACAAUAAAAUUCAAUUUCCAAAGUAUUAUACUAUACUUGUUGAGUGUUACUAUGACAAUAAUGGUUAGAUCCAAAAUACCUUUACUAAAAACAAGUUUCUGAAAUUUUUAUGCAUUAUAUCGUAAUUUUAGGGAAAUGAUAAACUAGUGAGUAAUAUACUAAAUUAAUUUUACACUUUGUAGCUGUAGAUGUUGAUGCACAAAUUUCUGUUAUAAAGUAAGAAUUUUAUUAGAAGUUAACUAUUGUAAAGUUAUAGAACUUACAGCGUGCAAUUACAAUGGCCUGCGCUAGUUUCAAUUCUUUUGGUGUGAUUCUAAUAUAAUAUUCCAAAAUAAAUAAAAUUCAUGUAAUAUCAAGUAUUUACAAAAGUUGAUAGAGGUUUAUAUGUUUUGCACAAAUAGUUUAAUCGUAUUAUAUCAAAACGAUCAAAUAGAACCGACGCAUAUCUAAUAACAGUAUCAGUUAAUAUUAAGUAGAAACCAACUGUAUUUUCUUUACUCAUUUUACAACAUUUCAUGUUGAGUACUACAUACAUUGUAAAUAUCAGAAUAAUUGUAUCACUUCGAAAUGUUAAACGAAACUCAAAAAAGUGGUCGUAGGUACUUCCUUGCAUUUUCAAUUUUUACCUUAUGUUCAACGAGUACUUAUUAGUACAAAUUAAUUACUGAACAAAUAACUCCAAAUAGGUCUAACAACGUAAGACAAUAAAAUGUUUCACUGGUGACAAUACAUUUAAAAUUAAGAUGUGAUUUUUAUAGAAUAAGUGUUCACCACGCAGUGCGUUUAAGUUUUUUGUAGAGAUUUUGUUUGGAUUUUGUCGUGUUACGUUACAGUGAUAUAAUAUUAUUAUUGCAGUCGUAUUGUCGUGUCUUUAGCUUAUUUAAUCGAUUUUGAAUUGUAAACUUGCAAAAUUAAAAAGUAAUUACAGCCAUGAUAAUUUAAAUGUAAAUAAUAUAAGUACCUAUUUCGUUAGAUAUUUUUAGUUUUAUAUUCAUACAUUGCACAAAUUUUCAUGUAUUCUUAUAUUUAAGUGAUAGGUAAAAUAGCAUUUACGGCUUUUUACAAACAUUGUAUAUAAGUAUAAAUGUUUCUGAUAAGGCAGUUUUUGUAAAAAUGCAGUACUUAACUACAGUUUUCGACAAUAAAUCGCAGUUACUUUUGUGUAAUUUAUGAUAACUUUGACAAUAAAGACCUUUUCCUGAAGUAACAAAA